AUGGGCACCGAGCGCUAUGAGAUGAUGAAGGAGAUCGGAUCGGGGAAUUUCGGCAUGACGCGGCUCGCGAAGGACAAGGUCACGGGCGAGCUCGUGGCGAUCAAGCUCAUAGAGAGGGGCGAGAAGGUGGACAAAAACGUGGAGCGAGAGAUCCUCAACCACCGCAACCUGCGGCACCCAAACAUCGUCGGCUUCAAGGAGGUCUACCUCACGCCCACGCACCUUGCCAUCGUCAUGGAGUACGCCGCGGGAGGCGAGCUCUUCGAUCGUAUUGCGAAGGCGGGCCGGUUCAGCGAGGAGGAGGCGCGCUACUUUUUCCAGCAGCUCGCGAAUGGUGUCGCGUACUGCCACAAGUCGGGCGUGUGCCACCGGGACCUCAAGCUGGAGAACACUCUGCUCGACGGCUCGCCGCGGCCCAAGGUCAAGAUCUGCGACUUCGGGUACUCCAAGUCCGCCCUGAACGACUCCGUGCCGAAGUCGACAGUCGGCACGCCGGCGUACAUCGCCCCCGAGGUCCUCAAGAAGAACGCGUACAGCGGCGAGACGGCGGACGUGUGGUCGAUGGGCGUCACGCUGUACGUGAUGCUGGUGGGCGCGUACCCGUUCGAGGACCCGUCUGACCCGCGCAACUUCCGCAAGACGAUCCAGAAGAUCAUGACGGUGAGCUACUCGUGGCCGUCGUACGCGAGCGUCACGCCGGAGUGCAAGGACCUGAUCAAGCGGAUCUUCGUCGCGGACCCCACGAAGCGCAUCACCAUGGACGGCAUCCUGGACCACCCCUGGUUCCAGAAGGACAUCGAGCUGGCGAUGAACCCCGCGCCGAGCAACAGCAAGGAGACCAAGAUGGGCUGGUUCAAGAAGCUCACCAACAAGGGCAAGGCCGCGGAGGAGGGCGCGCCGGAGAACCUGCAGACGCCGGACGACAUCAUCAAGAUCGUGGGCAUGGCGCAGUCCGUGGGCGGCGCGCCGAAGAAGGGGGGCAAGGAGCUGGACGACGUCGACCUCAUGUCGACCGACAUCUGA